CAGCUUUAUCAGGGCCCCAGGGGCAAGUGGCGAGACUUAAGGCAUGCUCUGCAUGGUUCGCACUUCAGGGAACCGCAGCACCGACUGGGAGAAUAAACAAGGCCGAAAUCUUAAAUGCAGGAGGCAUCCAGAGUUCGCAUCCGACGUUCCAGUGGAAAGCCUAUGUUUAGUGGAGUGGAGGGGCGAGGUGAGACAUGGCCUGCACUUAUCCUGGCAUCCCACAACACAGCAAGUCAACAACAAGAAAGAGGACGAUCGUUUUCCACUUCAAAGAACGGCGUCCUUUUCGCUGUCGACAGCCGGCCCGAGCUCGGACAUUGUGAGUGGAUCAUGAGGAGAAACUGGAGCAGAUGGAGGAUGGAAUAUUCCAAGCAGUUCUGUUCGGUAUCCGUCGUCCAACUUCAAGGACGAUCUUCUCACAAGCAAAUCGCACAAAACUAUAGACUCGGAGUGGUCCUUACAACUCUUCAAAAUCUCAGUCUAUCCGUCCAACAAUUCCUCGAUGGUCUAACGGUCUAUGAUUUCCGCUUGUCAAUCCUCUUUGAGGAACAAGCGCGGGAGACCUGGGUUCGACUCCCAGUCGGGGAGUGCUUUUUUUUUUCCGUCUUUCGACCACGUCCUUACUCGUAUAACGCCCGAUACCCACGCUCAUUCCAAACUACACUGCACCAUGGUUCCGGAGCCGAACAAACAUAUGAUGGGAUUGACAGGACUAUCGUGAUCAAACUCCGCUGAGCUGAAACACAGUACGAAAGGAUCAGGAUGUCGCUUGACAUCAUGAUCGUCACAGGUUAGACACGUUGAACGUCCAGUUCUAUUCUAAAAUAUAUAUUUUACUCCGUGACAUCUGCCCCU